GCCAGCAGCCACACAAACACGUUCCCCUCUCAGUUACAUGCACAGUCACACACAUACCGCGCCGCCGCCGCUGCUGCUGCCACCACCACUACUCACACACACACACAGUCACAGACACAGUGACGGCUGCCAGGCUCAGUGGGAAGCAAACCAUCAGGGAAAGAGCCUGAGAAGAAAGAGAGGGAUCGCCGUGGGGAAGAGAAGAAGAGAGAAAAGAGUUGGAGGGGCACCUUGUGGAUCAGAAGGGAUUUUCCGUUUUUUUUUUUUGUGAGAGAGUACGUCUGGAUAAGGCUAUCUGCCUUUUACCAAGGCUUUUUCCUCUUUGCUCAUCCUCCGUGCAAGACUCCAGCGAUAUCUACCUAUCUAUCCCUGGAGCUUAACAAAAGAGGGAGGGAGUGAGGGGGAAAAAACAGUCACAGCUUCAGCUCCAGACCAUCCACUCUCCUCCUCUACUCCUCUUCCUCCUCCUUCUGUUUUCUCUCCGGUUCCACAUCCAUGUGUGAGUUCAUCGCUGAUUCCAGUGUCUUUUGAGGAUAGAGCAAGAAGGACGCCGUGUGUUCUUCAGGAUACAGCUGGGCUCCCCUUGGGAUCAGGCUCUUCGUCAGAUUUAAGAGAGGGAAAGAAACAAGGGGGACUGGAUAAAAACGGAUAAAAGAGACAAAACAAGAGAUUGAGAGAGAGACAUUGGAAGACAAAUUGAGGGGCAUGUUCAGGGCACCAGCGAAGAGGAGUGAGUCUAAUUUCUAGUCCACAUAGUGUCAAGAACCGGCAAGCAGAAGCAUUCAUUCCACAUCCUUCUCUUCCCUCUCCUUUUACUCCCUUUUAGUCCUGCGCUUCAGUUUUUCUUUAUUGUUCCCUCUUUUGCUACUGUCUUUCUGAAUUUUGGCUCUCCUUACCCCACACAUCCGUCUCCUCAACCUCUUUCUUCUGCUACCCUGGCUCCACGAUUUAGAAACCCUCAAAUCGACAGUUCCUUGCAAGCUCCAGUCAGGCUGAAAUCCCAUGCACAGUUUGUCCUCCUGUCCACCUCGUACAUCUAACACCUUAAUAGCAAGAGAAGAGCGCUCUGUCUGCAUCCACUCUUGGAAACAGCCCUCCUGAAGGAUCCAGGCCAGUGGUUGGAAGUGAUUGUACCCCACCUGUGAGCUUCUAUCUCCAGCCUCCAGGACCUUCAGUUGGAUUCUAGCUACAUGGGAAAACGUUUGGAGCAGCAGCCAAUGUACCCCCACUACACCUACUACUACCCCCACUAUCUCCAGACGAAGCAGUCCUAUGCUCCUCCUCCUCCUCAGCCCAUGGCUCCACCAAGUCCAGGCACAACAGGAGGAGGGGGUGGAGGUCAUGGAGGUGGGCUGGUGGAGCAACUUAGUAAGACCAACUUGUACAUCAGAGGGCUGCCACCUGCCACCACAGACCAGGACCUCAUCAAACUCUGUCAGCCAUACGGGAAGAUUGUGUCAACAAAGGCCAUCUUGGACAAAAACACUAAUCAGUGCAAAGGCUAUGGCUUUGUGGACUUUGACAGCCCUGCGGCAGCCCAGAAGGCUGUGGCCUCGCUCAAAGCCAGUGGAGUCCAGGCACAGAUGGCGAAGCAACAGGAGCAGGACCCCACAAACCUCUACAUUUCCAACCUGCCGGUGUCAAUGGAUGAGCAGGAGCUGGAAAACAUGCUGAAGCCCUUUGGUCAUGUUAUUUCCACGCGGAUACUGAGAGAUGCCAACGGUUUGAGCAGAGGAGUCGGCUUUGCUAGGAUGGAGUCGACGGAGAAGUGCGAUGUGGUGAUUCAGAAUUUCAACGGCAAAUUUCUGAAAACCCCUCCAGGCAUGACAGCUCCUGCAGAGCCCCUGUUGUGCAAGUUUGCUGAUGGAGGCCAGAAGAAGAGGCAGAGCCAGGUUAAAUAUCCCCAGAAUGGACGGCCGUGGACAAGAGAAGGAGAGAGUGGCAUGGCAUUAACAUAUGACCCCACAACAAUGCAGAACGGAUUCUACUCUUCACCCUAUAGCCUUUCCACCAAUCGGAUGAUUGCACAGACAUCAAUCACACCCUUCAUUGCUGCCUCUCCUGUCUCCACAUAUCAGGUCCAGAGUACAUCAUGGAUGCCACAUCAACAGUAUGUUAUGCAACCUACAGGUGCUGUGAUCACCCCAGCAACGGCCAUAGAGCCCAGCUUGUCUCUUCACCCAUCCAGUGUCAUGGCUCCUCUCACCCAGCAGAUGAACCAUCUCUCUCUGGGCCCCACAGGCACCUACAUCUCUGCUGCAGCGGCUGCUCCUAUGCAAGGAACCUACAUUCCCCAGUACACUGCAGUGCCUGCCUCUGCUAUUACAGUGGAUGGUGUGGUGACAGACCCAUCUCCACAGACAACUGCCCCCUCCUCACAGGAUGCCAGCGGGCAGCAGCCUUUAUCAGUGGAGAAUUCAGCAGACCAUGCCACAGCCUACUCCUACCAGCAGACAAAGUAACUGGUGGGAGUCAUUGUUGCAUUGCCUUUAGAAGGACUGCACGAAGGAGCCGGAGACAGACAGAGAAUCAUAACAAGACAGAGGACAAAAACACAGCAGUGAGGUGGACAUGACAGACAGGAAAAUGCUUCCACUGUGCACAGGAACCAAAUAAAUGAAGAAAAAAAUAUGCUAUAUUUCAUAGCUGUUUGAACCAAGGCAAAGACAGCUAUAAAAAAAACAAAUAACAAAGAAUGUUUGUUGAACUACAAGACAAUGGAAUCAAUCACAGUCCAAGACUGAUUUGGUCAUUUUUCACCUUGAGACUGGACUUUCCCCUCUGGAGGGGUAAAAAAAAAAAAAAAAAACUAUAUAAAAGACUGAAAUCAAAACUCAACCAACUGUAAAGAAAAAAAAAGAAAACAUUUGAAUGUGCAGGUAGAAUUUUUGACAUUUUUAUCAAAAAAUAAAGGAAGCAAUGUCUAGGAGAAAACAGACUGUCUUCCUCUGAUAUGAAGCUCUGUUUUUCUUUUUCUUUUAUUAUUUGAGUAGUUUUUUAGAAAAUCAGUGUUUUCUUAAAUUCUUAUUGCCUUAAUUUUCUCAAACUUUUUGGGGGAAAAAAUGACUCCAUAGUGUCAAAUUCUUUUUAAAAAUGAUUGAUAGUGUGUUGUGGGAGUCUCAGAGAGGAAAUCUACAAAGCUUAUCUGUACAGGUUUUUUAAAAAAAGAAAAGAUAUUACAAUAGUUUGAAGAUGACAAGUGGUGAAGUGCAAAAAAAGUCGAUGGAUUAGAUGGACAAAAAAACGUUGCUUGGCUUGUUAAAAGAGUUGAUCCGCGGCUUCCUGGGCAAUGUGGUUUGGUGUAACGGUGGGAUCAAAUCUCAGUUUCUCCGCCACAUUGUCUCAUUUUCAGGUUUUGUUGUUAUUUUCAUUGCAGUCCAUAUGUUCUUGUUUGUGCGCUUUGUUUGUCUCACAACAUAAAGAAAUGAAAAACUUCAUCAACAACCAAAUUGAAGAAGAAAAAAAUUAGGGUUUAUAAAUGUGUGAUGAGCAAUAGUUUGAGUAAAGCUGUCGACAGUUUCUUGAGUCUUUCUUAACGGUUGAACAAACACUGCCGAUGGCAUAUUUUAUACCAAAGACGAAGAAAUUAUGUAGAGAAGAGAUCUUCCUUGUUGUUUGUUCAACUCUUUCACCUUUUAAAAGUGAAACACAUUCUUGCUUAUUAUGGUUUUAGUGGAUGAGAGUCCCCAACGUGUGAGAUUAAAAUAAAAUAUGCAGUAGGUCUUUAACUCGAUUGCCUCAACGAGAAGAGCAGCUUAGUUUGGCGCGAUGUUGAGUUCAGUGAUAAUUAGAGAGAAGCAUCCUUCUCAACAGAGCAGGUGGCUUAUAAUAAGAUGGCUGAGAUGCUAAAAUUAAAUCCUUGUUUGCCAAAACACUACAGAUUUCAUUAACGCAAUUCGGAAUGCAAACUCUAAUUUGCACAGAUAACUUGGUUUGUUUAAAAUGUGGCACUGUGGAGCAGUUAUAGGCCGCCAGCAUCUUACCUCCAGAAGACAGCGACCAAAAGUAAAACUGAAUCUCUUAAUGCUAUCUGCUUCCUCCAGAGAGCAGAAAACAAACAUUUCUUAUCAUUUCACUGAAUGAGAAGUUAUACAUUUUUAUUUAUUACGUUUUUUUUUGUUUUUUUUUUAUCUGGUUUCUGAUAUCAAAUGAUCAUUGAAAGAUUUAUCUAAAGGGAUAUGUUGCAGUCAUAUGUACAUGUGGGAAUAAGAUUUUAAUAUAUUGAUAAAAUAUGAUAUACAUAUAAAUCUAUGUUAGUAAGAUUUCAGUUACUAACUGAAGUCGUGAUGCAUUUUCAGGCAAGACAGGUAUGGUUUUUAAGAAAAAAAAAGUCUAUUACUUUUAGGAAUAUUACAAUAAAAUAAAAUUUUAUGGGAGAUUAUACAUUUUAAAACAUUCUUUAAGAAGGGCAUUAACUUGGAUUAGUUGUAUGAUGCAAAACAUUUGAGUACAUUUUUUAUAGCUGCAUACAUGCAGAAAUAAUUUACUUACACUCUCAAAGGAGAGCAAUUAUUUUAGCUCUAACCUUUAUUUCUUAAUUAUAAUUCAUCUGCAAACUGAGAUUACUCUCGUCACUGUCUUCUGCAGUUGAGAUACUGAAUACACAUACGUGCCAUUCACAACCCACUUUAAACAAACAGAACUUGUUCUGUAAAACAACAAAAAAAAUGUUUUGUCUGUCUUGCCAAACACAUGUAAUUUGUAAACACCAAUGACCUCUGUCAGACAAAAGGGCACUUCUGCAGAACAAAACAAUUUCAGCUUAUGAACACUCUUCUACAAGGGCAAUAUUUUUUGUGCAACCUUUUUUUUUAUUUUUUUAUUUUUACUGUCUUUUGACAAUUACUUAUAUUUGAGCUGCUAAACACUUUUCAGUAUUGGGGGAAAGAGGGUGUCCUGUGUUUUGUAUGUGUGUGGGGGAAAAAUGCACCAUUGAAAUACAGCAACUGAUUAUUUUAAGGCAGAAUGAAGACUGAAGAAGAAGAAAAAUGAACAAAACAUUUGUUCUGAGUACGAGUGCAUCAGAUGAGUGGACAGAAAGCAGGAAAAGAAGUGUACAUGUUGUGGUUCACACUGGUUCUGAGUCCACAUCCAUGUAGACCGACAUCACUCUGGAUGGAGGUUAAAAGACAAAAUGGAUGGAGAAAAAGGUGAUUUCUUUUUUUUUUUACCAAAACUAAGCAGAUACAAACUUCUCAUGGAAAAUAAAGUAUCAGAAGCUAAAGAGGAGGCCGAGGAAACAAAGGUAAUAUUUAUGAGGUGUUUCUUUUUUGUACAGGCGUGUAAAAGAAGAUGCAAAACUUUGAGGAUGCUAUUUUUUUAUUUGCUUGGUCACAUGCCUCCCAUGUCUUUCAAAGUUGUGAUUUUGAGUGUCUGUAGAACCAGUGGGUGUUGCUGUAGUUUCACACGUGUGUUUUUUGUUUGUUUUUGUUUUCUUUUUUGACAAAACUUUCAAUAAAUUUUUUUUUUAUAUAAAA